AUGAUGGAACAAGAGAACGUAGAACUCAGUACGGCCAAAGAAGGGCCGUCUUCUCCGGAUUUAUCGAAGGAGAGUGUGAAUGACGAGGUGCUACAGUUGUGGUUGCGCCGUUGUCGACGAAAGUAUUUACAGGGAGUGACAGUGAUUAAAGUUUGUAGUAACGGCAAGUUGGUGAAACGCCAGCUCUACAUUGGGGCGAAGCCGGAAUAUUUGGAACUUAUCUCAUCUAAGUUGUUCGACACGGCUUAUCACCUUAGUACUUUGGAGACUGUGGAGUGCACAUUAGAGUCUACCGAUUUUGACGCAUUCCGACUGUUACAGCCAGGUUGCAUGCCGAAGAAGGAUAAGAGUCUGGUAAUUCGAAUAAACGACAAUACGGCAAUGGGCACGCGGGCGGAAAUGUCACCCAACGCCCAUGGCACAGCGGGUGGCCGGAUCGUGUCGCUCGUGUUCCAAACGGUUGAAGACCGAAGGGACGCUCAGAUUUACCUUCGCGCGCAGAUCACCACACUCCGAUCAGUCGGACAAAAUGCGCUCCGGGACUAUGAACGAGUCAAGACUCUACCUACCAUGAAGUGCAUCAAGCAACUUGACUUCGUCUCCGUCAACGAGGAAGAAGACGACGACCAAUCGGCCGCUGCUGGGGGCCCUGACGCUGCCGCUGCAGUGCCCAAGACGGAGGCCGACAAGAGUCCCUGUGACUAG